UCACAAACCUGAUCACGUGCAUUGCAGGUGCCUACCACGACCUCCGAGAUGGAGGGGUAGCUUGUUCAACAGUCGCUUCCGAGUGAUCGGAUCCAGACCCUCAAACCCCUUCCGUCCAUGACCCGCUCUCCCCCUUCCCCCUCUCUGUCACUCCGUGUGUGUGUGUGUGUGUGAGAUCCCUUCCCUCGAAGCUCGCACUCUCCUCCUCCCAUGGCGACGGAGCUUAUCCCGGUGGUCGACCUCCGCCUCCUCUCCCAGGCCGAGCUCAACACCCUUUCUCUCUCCUGCCCCAACGCCUUCGACCCCCGCCGCUGCGACGAUAUCGUCGUACCCAAGAUCGACCGCUCCGUCUUCAAUGAGAGCGCUGGCAGCCGCAAGCAGACAUACUCCCGCCUCCGCCUCGCCCCCCGCAAGCCCGACGGCCCCCCUUCCUCCUCCUCCUCCAUCGCUCGCCGCCGCCCCCGCGGCCUCCUCUCCUCCUCCUCCCUUCAUUCCUCCUCCGCCACGGCCGCCACCGACGGCGCCGGCGCCGAAGGUGACGACCCAGGACGCCGCGAGAAUCAGCAGAUCGUCUCCUUCCUCCGCCAGCUCUUCGCCCGUGAGGACUCCGCGCCCCCUCCUCAACUCCCAUCCCAGUCUCAAACCCUAGCCCCAGCCGUAGCCACCCCCAUCUGCGCCCUCCGGAACCACGAUGCGGGUGAUAGUAGUAGCAAGGUGUUGGUGGUGGUGGAUGAUAAGGAUCGGGAGGUUCUGAAUGCCAAGGGUGAGGCGGUGGAUUUGGUCGGGUUGGGGGAAAAGGUGGAUCCUUUCGGGGAGGAGCUCAGGCGAAGGACGGCGGGGUUAGAGGCGGAGGAGCUGCUGCGGUUUUUGAGUGGAUUGGAAGGGCAGUGGGGAAGCCGGAGGAAGAGGAGGAAGAUCGUUGAUGCUUCGGUGGUGGGGGAUGACUUGCCAAGGGGAUGGAAACUGCUUCUCGAGCUCAACAAGAACGAAGGUGUAGCCUGGCUGAACUGCCGUCGAUACGUUAGCCCAAAUGGGAAGCAGUUUGUGUCUUGCAAAGAGGUUUCUUCAUACAUACUCUCCCUUAUUGGCCACCCAAAUGAUGGGCAAUCAGUUUCUGUUCGAAAUGAUGGGAGCACUUGUGAACUUGAUAAAUUGACUCCUAGAUCCGCUGCAGGUCUUACCCAUCAAGAAGAUAUUACGGGGGAAAAUUGCUGCUUGUCUUCAGGUACCCCUAUUGCUUCUUAUUCCGCAAAUAAUCCGAAGCAAGUUGUCUUAUACAGGGCUGAGAAGCAGACAAUGGAUGAUGUGAAAAAUAUUCUGGAAUGUCAUGCAUGCAAUCUAACAUUUGGUGACAAGGACACAUAUUUGCAGCACCAGUUGUUGUUUCAUCAAAGGAGUGCGAAGCGGCGUAGACUUGGCAAAUCCAUUGGGGAUGGUGUCAUUGUAAAAGAUGGUAAAUAUGAAUGCCAGUUUUGUCACAAGACUUUUAAUGAGAGACCUCGCUACAAUGGGCAUAUUGGGGCUCAUGUGAGAUACCAAGGUCUGAGUGCUGAAGCACUGUCAGAUAAUAUUAUGACAAGAAAGAUAUUUAAUCCAUCCCCCAUAGCUGCAGUACCGUAUGGUUUGUCAGAGACUGAUUUGGCUAAACAGAAUGAAGAAACUUGUAAUGCAAAAUCUGCUGAUGAACUUCAUGUUGAUUCCUUCCAGUGGGAGACCAAGAAUCCUGAAAUUGAUCAUAAUGCAAAGUAUGGUGGUAGUGAAACUAUUGAAGUAGCCUGCACAAGCAUCUCUAUUGAUGACCAUAAUAAUGAUCAUAAUUUGAUUAAUUACAAAUCUCAUGAGAUUGUUCAGGAAAGAAAUAUCAUAGAUGACAAAUCCACUGCAUGCAUGGAUGCCAUAUCUCCUUCUGUUGUUGAUGUAAACAAUGUGGCACAAAAUUGCUCAUGUGUUACCACUCAAGAGGCUUCUACAAGCAAAUUUAUUGAUGAUCAGGCUAACAGUAUUGAUAUGAUUGAUCAUAAAUGCGAAGUUGUUGAGGCUAGUAAUGUUGGGGAUCUCAAACCUAAUGACAGCCAGGGUAAUGAUUGUGGUAACAUAGGUGGUCAUAAAUUUGAGGAGGUUAUCACAUCUAGCAAUACCAAAGAUGUCAAGCCUGACGCAUGCUUGGAUGCCAUGUUUUCCCCUCCUAAAAAUGUGGACAUUGCAACCGGUGAAACUGUUACUGAAAUUGGUCCCUCCACCAUGGGCAUUUCUGUUGACAACAUUAAUGAUUAUGACAUGACUGGCUACAAAUCUGAGGAAGUUGUGGACAUUAAUAAUGCCAUGGGUACCGCACCCAUUGAUUCUAUCUCCCCAUCUCUCCUCAAUAUGGACAUCAUGACUCACGAAACUGAUAAUGAAAUUGAUCUUUCUUCAUGUACCAUGAUUCCAGAAAUUGGAAAACAUGGCACUGACAAGAAAGUCAACUCAGAAAGUCACUUGAUAACCAUAUCAGGUAAUGAAUCAUCUUAUGGGAUUGAGACUUAUGCAAAUGAUAUUCUUGCUAGCUCCAUGGAAGAAAACAUUCUUGGUGAGCUUGAUACAUCUGGCAAUGGGUUGAAAACUGAAUUUGCAGGUUGCCAUUCAUUAUCUGACAAACAACCGGUUAUGGAGAAUAUAAUGGCUGAUGAAUUUAAUGCCUCCUGUACUGACACUACUUUUGUCAGUGGGCACACUGGGGCCAUUGAGGCUGAUGCACAUUGUAUGUUUGAUAUUGACAUGAAGGAAUCUGUAGUUGAAGAGAUGGAUAAACCUGGUAAUGUUCUGGAAAAUUGCUUUGGUGGCAGCAAUGCUGGAUGCGAAGAGGUUGUUCUGAGUGACGGUGUUGCAAACAAUGAUGGAACAAACUCCCUGCAGGGUAAUGUGACUGGCACGUCAUCAUGGGUACAUUCAGCUGAUGGUGUCCCAAUCCUUGAUAUGAUCCCAAAGCAGUGUGAAGAUGAACUCAGCAGUGCUGGCCGGAAGCACGAGAACUUACCUGGUGCAGCCAACUCUUCUGAAUUUGUUCGCUUGGCUGGUCUAGAGUCAAUAUCUGUGACUGAGCCAUCCAUUGAAAUGGGUUAUGCGACAGAACUGCAAAAUGGGACAUGCCCCUCUGCUGAGUUAGGAUGGGACGUAUCUCCAAAAAUGGUCAUUGGGUGUCAGCUAACAUCUGUGUGUGUGUGGUGUAGCAGGGAGUUCAGCCAUGAUGGUUGUGAUGCUGAACCGCCAUCUGAUUCCCUUGGCUUCAUGUGUCCGGCAUGUAAGGCAAAGAUUUUAGGUCAAUUCAGUAAACUGGACGACGAUUCUUCUGGUUAAAACAAUCAUUUUUGUGCUGACUUGUAGCUCAUUCUUCUUGUGCAACCAUGCAAGGAUACUAAAUUUUGAUAAUCUCCAACUUAUAGAUUGAUCACCA